AUGGAUAGUAUUAUUAUUGAUGAAAAUUAUAAUAACACCAAUAAAAAUAACUUUAAUGAUAAUAUAAAUAAUAAUGUAAAUAAUCAACAACCUUCACAAGAGCAGCAGCAACUAGAUCAGUCACAAUCACAGCCACAAUCACAACAAAAACCACCCAAACAACAGCAACAACAACAAAAUAGCAUAAAUGUAAAUAAUAUAACCUAUCAAUUAUAUAACUCAUAUCAAGCAAAUAAUAGCAACAGUAUUGAAGAAAAAUAUAGCAAAUAUGACCCAAAUUAUCCAGGUGGUGAAGAUGGUACAGAUGAAUCAAAACCUUGGAACUAUUUUUUCGAGGAUUAUCCAUUUCCACAUAAACAUAUGACAAGAAUUAUGUCUUUAAAAAAUAAAGUAGAACAUUAUAUUAAAAAUAAAAUAAGGUUACCAGACGAAUACAGAACUAAAAUUUGGUCGUUAAUGGAGGAUUUAGAUAAACUUGUUAAUAAUGAUAACAAUAAAAAUAUUUAUAAAACAUGUUUAGAGACUCCAAAUGAAGAAAUUGAAAACGAUGUUAGGACAGACGCAGUUAGAACGUUUCCAUCAAGUCAAUAUAAAAUAAAAAUGAAAGAUAAACAGUUUCAAAGCAAAGAUUCAUUAUUUAAAGUUUUAAAAUCAUAUGCAAUAUACAAUGAAGAAGUACAAUAUACUCAAGGUAUGAACUAUUUAUGCUUAGUUCUACUAUGUUAUUUUUAUGAAGAAGAAUCGUUUUGGAUGAUGGAUUUGUUAAUUAAAAAACAUGGGAUGAGACACUUUUUUAAAAAAAAAAGUUAUUUACCAAGUUAUUUAACAAUUUUUGAAAAAGAAUUAGAGAACCAUUUACCAACCUUAGCAAAACAUUUAUCAAACGAAGGUGUUCAAAUGUAUAUGUUUAUUCAAGGAUGGUGGAGUACAAUUUUUGUAUAUAUUUUACCAGUAGAAACCAUCUCUACCAUUUGGGAUUAUUUUUUUUGGGGUGCUAAUGGCAUGGCAAUUGAGGUUUUGUUUCGUCUUUCCAUAGCUUUAUUAAAAAUGUUAGAAAAAGAACUAUUAAAAGUAGGCAUGUCAGAUUUUUUUGAAACUUUAAAGGACAAUAGUCAAAAUAUAGAUUCCCUCGAAUUAGUUUACCAAGCAUAUUCAAUCCAUCUCUCAGAUAAAACAGAUUACUUUUUAAGAGAAGUAAUACUGAAUUAUAAAGAAGAAGAAAUGAACGAUAAUAUUUUCGAUUUUCAAAAACUAUUAUCAACUAUUUAUGAAGAAACCGUUGACCAAAACCAACUACAUAUUCAAAAUAAAAACAAAAUAAAAACAAAUAGUAGGAAUCAAUCAUAUUAUGAUGAUGACGAAGAUGAAGAAUAUAUAGAUUACGAUGACUAUUAUAGAAAAUCAGUUUUAGUUGAUGAAUCAAGUGACAGCGAUGACAAUUAUAAUAAUAAAACACCUUGUAUAAUUUCUUAA